AUGGUGAUGAUGGUGGACCGCAAGCAGUCGGUCACAGGGAUGUCGGUCACAGGGAUGUCGGUCACCGGGAUGAAUUCCACCCCGAUAUCUGGAAACUCCAUCAUUAACUCUCCGGCUCAGCAGCCCUACACCACUGCCCUGGGCAACAACCAGUUUCAGCAGUCAGCCGCCCAUUUGACCUACAGCGCUUCGGCCGUCAUCGCCCCCUCCGCCGCAGCCCGCAUCCUGCCAGCCUCGUCGCAGGGUGUCUACCCUGUCCCCAGUGUCUCCCACAGCAACCUGAUCUCAUCCUCGCCCGUCCCCCAGACCCCACUCUCUCUCCAGCAGCAAGGGUCUAUCAUGUCCCCGGUGUCCUUCACCACGGCUGUGUGCAGUCCACCCGUGCAGACCCCUGGGCUGGCGGGCCGCAGCUUCCAGUAUGGCUCGCCCACCUCCUCCCAGCUCUCCCUUAUCCAGCAGCCGCUGCCUACUGCCCUACCGUCCCAACAACCACUACCACAGCCACAGCAACCACAACAGCUGCCCCAGCAACCAGGAGGAGCUGCAGCCUCCUUGGCAACACAACAACCACAACAGCAGCAGCAGCCAACACAGCAGCAAGUCCUGUCACCUCAGAGGAGUGACAGCCACCACAAGGGCAGCCAUGCUCUCCAGUCUGGAAGCCUGAGUCGAGACGUGCGCCACCUAUCUGCCUCCCAACCCUCCCUGCCCCAUGACACGUCCCUGGGGCCCCGAGUGCACCCUGGGGUGUCCGGGGACUCCCUGUCCUCCAUCGCCCCACCGGUGGCUGCGGUCCAGGGGACGGGUAUGCAGAGCGGUCUCCGCACCACAGUGCCCCAGAGGGUCAACCUGUUCCGCCAGAUGUCAUCGGGAGCGUUGCCCCCGGUGCGAGCGGCGUCCUCUACAGCCCAACACAGGGAUUCCACAGGCUCUAGAGAUUCUAGAAGAGAUUCUAACUUAAGCAGUACAGAGACCGACCAAGAUAAGAUGCGGUUCGCAUCAAAUUUAUGA